UUCUUUCUCCCCCUCUCACCACUUCUGGGAGACUUGGAACGCUUCACUAAAAAUCAUGUCCAUGUAUCCCUGGCAUGGUUCAACUGCCACUACCAGUACUGGUCAUCGAACGCAUCCUCAUCCUCAUCAGCAGCAGCAGCACCGACACCAACACCAACACCUCCCACAUCUUCCCCAUCACACCGCGAACGCCGCCGCCCCAGCCGCCGCGGCCGCCUCAAAUCCGCGCAUUGACUCGACCUCGACCACUAUAACACCCACUGCUGCUCCUCCAAGUACCUCUGCCGCGGCCCUUCAGAUGCCCCAGAUGCCAUGGCUUCCCUCGAUGAUUUCCGCGCGAGCCAACCCACAGCAUGCAACGCUCCCUAACUUGUCCACGAAUUUGCGCAUACGACCACAGCCGACGCCGCAGCCUACUGCACUCGAUACACAGCACCAGCACCAGCACCAUUCGCAACCCCACUCACUUUCUCGGCAACAACAACAACAACAGCCUGUUCCUAUGGUCAUUGAUGCACGUCAACAGCAACAGCAGCAACAACAAAAGAAAAAACAGCGACACCAAAAACAACAGCAAGCUGUCUCCAUAUCGAGCGAAGAGAGUGAUUUCGAUACCUCUGAUUGCAGUGUACGACAUAUCACCACUGCGGACGCGUUGGGAGACCAGGAUUACAUUUCUUCCGAUGGGAUGGGCGCGAACACAAUCGCACGUGCGCGUUCACAUGCUCGCGCACAGCAGCAGCAGCAGCAGCAACAGCGCCGCCAUGGCCAUCAUCCUGUAGGUGGGGGUAAUGGCGGAACCGCCAACAGCACCACUACCACUACUCCUUCCAAUAGCCAGCGAGACGGACCCAUCCCCAACAGUAAUGCGACAACAACCCGAUCUGGCACUACAGCUACUACCAUUCUCAUUGAUGAUCGCGAUGACCUCGACCUCGAUGCUACCGCCGCAGGCAACGACAGUGCCGACAACUCCCUAAACAUCUCCGGCGACCGUGAAGGGCCCCGCAAACACGGGAAGCGCCUGACCACCCUCGAGGAAGUCUCGCUCUUCGACAUCUGCAAUCGCCAUGCUCACGAGUUUGGUCAGCGCAGUAAUUUGUGCAAGUGGUGGAUGACGGUCACGGAGGAGUUCACGCGCGACCAGGGACAUCCGUACUCGUGGCACUCGGUCCGUCGCAAGGUGGAACUAGUGACCAAACAACGCAUGAAGUUUCUGGACGAGCAGCGCGAGAGAGGGGGCAGUGAGAGCGAUGAUCGGUCGAAUCUCAGAUGGAGGGCUGCUGUGGAUGCGUGGAUUCCCACGUGGCAAAGGUGGGAGGAGGCUGAGGCGAGGCGGAUCGAGAAGAGGGACUCGAGGAGGCCGAGGAAGAGAAAGGACAGAGAGUGGGAAGUUUGGGUGAACGGCAACAAUGACAGGGUCAGUCCUAGCUUGGGGGCUUGGAGAGCGACGGGGAGUGUGAGUGGCAGCGGAAGUCCACUGGUGAACGUUGGUGGUGCUGCUGCGCAGCUCCCAACACCGUCGCAGCAAGCGCUCUCAACGCCGCCCGCCUCCACGCCCCAGCACACCAAAGUCCGUCUACCCCCCGGAUUCGAUAAUAUGUUCGCCAGUCAGCCGCAGUCCCAGUACCACACCCCGACUCCAGCCCCAGCGACUAUGCUAGGCGGCUCAUCCGGAGGCCGACCGUCUCUGGAUGGGUCCCUCGCUCUACAACAACUGAACAGCACCCCUUCCGGAGGCGAGGCGGGUAACGCAGAGUCGUCGUCGAUGAUGAGUGCUGUUCUAGAGACGUUGGGCAAACUCAACCGUCACCUCGACGCUGCCAAUCCCACCAGCACCCUACAAACCACUUUCAAGCCCCUCAAAACGACCGAAAGCCGCUCACGCGCUGCCACCACCACCACCGCCGCCGCCAUAGCGCAGCAGCAGCAACAACAACAACAACAACCAUCCCAAUCACAAUCCGACACCAGCUCGGACCCCGACGACCCCCCCUCGCCCACCCAAGCCCCAAAGAUGUCCCAAGUCUCCUCCCUUCCGAUCCCAACUCACCUCAUCGCCAAGCUCAAAGCCGAACUCCGCGAGGAGAUGCGUGAGGAGAUGCGGUCCGAGCUGGCCAAGGACCGCGCGAGUCUCGAGGAGAAGCUGGACUCGGUGCAACGGACGCAGGAGAUGAUCUUGGAGAUGUUGAGACAGGAGCCGUCUUGA